UUGAGAGAACUCGGACUACGUGUCAUUUUAACGUCCUUCACUGCCUGUACAAAAUCGCAUGUGUACCACCGCAACGAAACCGUCCUAGACCAGCCACCGAUGCUUCCCAUGCUCACUGCUUUGAUAUUGAUAGUGUUUACCUCGUUUGCGAAGCGUGUCGUGGUUGACUCAUAGAGGUCGAAAAUCCUAUUGCAGCAUCAUGAACACCUACCACUCGUCAGCGAACGAGGAAGCCAGCACGUUCCCUCAUUUAGACCUGACUGGGAAGCUGAUAAUAAAAGCACAGCUAGGAGACGACAUUCGACGGAUUCCCAUUCACAACGAGGACAUCACCUACGAUGAGCUGAUACUGAUGAUGCAGAGAGUUUUCCGCGGAAAACUGACGAGCAGCGACGAAGUGACAGUGAAGUAUAAAGACGAAGACGGAGACCUGAUAACCAUAUUUGACAGCUCCGACUUGUCAUUCGCGUGCCAGUGCAGCCGAAUCCUUAAGCUGACGAUAUUCGUGAACCACCAGCCAGUGCCAUUGGAGCCUGAUGAGAUCAAGCACCUGAGGAAAGAGCUUCAAGACAUCAGGAACAUAGUGAACCGGCUGUUGGACAAGUUCGAGCCACGCACCUUUGUACCCGCCAGCUCCGAGGCCGAAGAAAAUUCAAGUCAGACCGGGUCACGUGCUGCCAAGGCAGUCGCCCCAAAGGAAUUCGACCCUCUUGUCUCGAAGCAAGCCGCCGGUGACGACCCCAACGCACAAGGCAAAACAAAGGCUUCCCACACUGCCGAAGGCGAGAAUGGUCGUGUGGGCACACCUGACAGCAUUUCAAGCUUGGAUUCUGCAACGGCUAGUCAGCAAAGACAACUCCAGCAGGCGGCGCAGCAGCAACAGAUGCUUAUGCAGCAGCAACAUUAUCAACUGCCCACUGGAGGCUAUAUGCCUCAACAGUCGGCUCAGCAGCCCUACCCUUCACAAGGUCCUCCGCCACAGCAGCAGCAACAGCAACAGCCGCAGCAGCCCCAGCAGCAUCCUCAGGCACCUCCGGUGGGCUACGGGGCACCCAUGGCGGCACCCCGAGGUGCUCCAGCACCGGGCCUUCCUCCCACGUCUCAGCCGGUGGCCUACGGGCAGAUGCCCUACCCACAGACUUCUGCUGCCCAAGGCCACGGACCCGGCUUUCCGGCCGGUGGAGCGCCCAUGCCUGGCGCCCAGCCAUCGCAGGCCCCGCAGGCCGGCCAAGGACCCUACGGGGCGCCCCCUGCCCCCCAGGGCUACCAGGGCUACCCCCCUCCCCACCAGGUGCCCUCGUCCCAGGCGGGGCCCUAUGGGCCGAGCCCAAGCCCGUCCCCCGUCAACGCCGGGCCGGGCAAUCCCUAUGCGAGGGGUGGCGCUCUGCCAACCUCCUACCCACGUCCCGCCCCCAAUUAUCCCCAGGGGUACCAGUAAUUCUCUUUUGAAAUCGUGGCUUGCUUCUUCUGUUUGGUGAUGCAUGUUGCCAGAGGGGCCAUUCUCGAAAUAAACUGACAUUCAGUUGGUCCAUCGAGUGUGUAAGCCUAAGAACUGAUGUUUGUAGCGCUCUGCUGCGGUGGGCCUGCAGUGUUCUAGAAUACGUCUGCCCUGCUGGCUCUGCGCCCAUAUCUGGCUUUCGGUAACCCGCAGGUGCCCCCUUUAUGAAAAGUGGCUUGCACCUCAUGUUUUUGCAGAACGAGAAUAAACUAAUGUUCUGUAGGUGAGAAGUAGCAGUACCAAAUUUGCCUGUGUUUUCGGUGUUUCUGCUCUGUGGAAGGUCACUUCGGAUGGGGUGUGUUUAUAAGUACCACGACUGGCCUGGCAUGCUAACGAAGUGCGAGUCUUGGAGAUUGAUGUAAAGUUGUAAGGCUUCGAAAUUACUGAUUGCUGGUUUUCUAUGGGGGGCUGGCGUCUACGUAGGUGCUUAUCACUUCCAUGGUUUUCUUAGUUGAAGCAUAUCUCAUUGUGUGCGGUACCUAUUUGUGUGCACGCUUUGUUAAUUUAACUGAUUAUAAUGUCAAUUAUACUUUUUCUAUAACAGUCUGUCCAAGGUGAUAAGGCUGUGAAUUUAUACUUCGGGAAUGCUGAACAUCUGCUACACUUUUACUGCCAUGGCAGGAGUAUGGACCACUGUCAGACAUUUUAUUAUUUUGAGAAACUCCUUGAACAAUAGGUAAUCACAGCAUCUUUAAAGUAUUUGUACUUUUAGUAUGUGAAACUUUCAGACAUUCUAAGGGCAGCUUUCAUUGAGCUGUGUCACUGGAUUGAUACUAAUACGACCACCUACAGCAUAUUACAGAACAAACUUCAUAUUUUUGCUCUGGUUGUACGUUGCUUGACUACUGUUAAUUUUUCUGCUUUAGCACAUUCCACUCAUUUUUUGUGCUUCUGUGUGUAAAUACUAGGCAUUCAAACUGCUUUGUUUUUAUGCCCGUCAUUGCACUGUAGACCUGUAUAUCUGGUGAAAAUUUGCUUUUCACAUUCAUUAGUUAAAGGAUAAUGAAUAAAUAAUGUGCUAACAAGUUCUUGCCUUCUACAGUGUAUGCUACGUUCUUUUUAGUAGUUUUGUUCGUUGUUUUUGCUAAUUUGUUUUCUGAAUGUAAUAAAGAUAUGACUGGAUAAGUG